AUUUUAAAAGAUGACAAUCCGUUUUUAAACAACCUUGAUAAAAAUCAAUCAACUGAUGUUAUAAAAUUAAUUUCAAAGUUACGCGUCAUAUUAAAAUAUCUACAGCCGGUUUCUCUGCCUUUGUGAUGAAAAAAAUCAAUAUACACUUUAAAUACAAAUUUGCAAAAGCGGCUUACGAAAAUUUUAUUUUUUUCAAAAUCCAGCAAGUGAACUUCCUUCUUUUUUUUUGCAGCGGUCUUUUCUCUGUUUACACGUAUUCUUACUUUUGGUUUGCGUACCCAGGUAACGCUUGAGCCUAACUUUCCCAUUGUAUUUUUUAAGAGGUAUAGGGCUGAGUGCUCAACCGCACACUAAGCCUUACGUCUAAUACAUUUUCUUAACACUAUAGGGUCCACAGCUACGUAAAUCUCGGACUUUAGUAAUCUGGGACACUACACAUCUCCUACUGUAUAGCCUAAUCAGUCUGCUCCACUAGUUGUCUGCUCUACGUCAUCACAACAUAUCAGCUGUUCUACAGCACAGUUCACUGCACUUGAAAAAUCGGCCGGUUUGCCGCCGAAUAUACUGGAAUCAAGGAGUCUACGGUCGUAUGUUAGUAUUUGUUACUAAGCAAAUUGUUCGAGGUGCUUGGUGUAAUUUUUGAGACGUGUGACAAAUGUAGACGUUUUAACGCGUGCGAUGGUAAAUGUACCCUUCGGUGAAUUCGACCAGAUAUGUGGUGGAGUCACAACUUAGUGUAAACAUAAUGAUGUAUUUCUCUGUGAGUUUGUGACACUGGUAGCAAAAAUUAGAGAGGCUAAAUUAGAAAUAACGGCGUGAACAUAUCAGAUGCGAGGAUUGAACGAAUUCGAAAUACUUUAUAUUCACGACAACACUGCACUGUGCUGAAAACGCCUCAAAAGUGAACCAAAAUUUACACUGAAGUUCAGUCGAAGAAAGCUUUCGUCAAGUCUAUAAUAUAAAGUUUGAAUUUCUGAAAUGGUUCAUCCGUCAGUUGCUCUCGUGCAAAUUUUAGUUCUGCUUGCAUUUCCCUUAAGGACAUUUUGUGACGAACGGUAUCUCCUGUACGAUGUUAGUCCCACAGAAGGGUUCAAUCUUCGUAGGGAUGUGUAUAUGAGGAUUGCACGAAUCGCUAAGCAAAGAAACUGGACUUUGGUGUUGCCCCCGUGGGGACCUUUACCCCACUGGAAGGGGCCGACGGGCCUACCAUGGUCACUGUUUUUCGAUGUGCCGAGCUUGAACAACUACACAAAGGUGAUAGAGUUCAACGACUUUAUGGAUCGAUACGUUGGUGACGUUCUACUGGACAAUGUUUAUGUUCUGAAACACGCGCCUAUAAAGGAUGAAUUCGAUGACACUUAUUACAAAGUUGAGUGUGGACGAAACGUUGGUUACCGGCUCGUGGAUGGCUUGUAUGAAGGGUACUUUUUCGGAAAGGAUAAUAUAAAGGCUAGGAAGGUGACCUGCCUUGAAGUGUCUGGAACGGGAAACAUCCUCGCCCCAUUAUUCGAUGAGGAUUCUAUGAUAAUGCUAGAUCAUGCUGAAGUCGUACUUCAUGACGGAUUCGGAGAUAAAGAGUAUUGGAAGAUCAGGAAGUCGAUGACAUUCGCCAAAGAACUUCAAGACGAGGCAAGUAGGUUUAUUAAGUCACGUCUUGGGGAAAAAUUCUUGGCAAUUCAUCUGAGGAGAUCUGAUUUUCCGAUUGUGAGGCCUAAUGAUGUACCAAGUAUCAAGGGCGCCGUUCAACAGGCGAAUCAGAUACUAAAAGAACGUGGAUUGAAGAAGGUUUUUCUGGCCACAGACGGUGAUCAGAAGGAGGUUGAGGAAUUCCUCAGGUUGGUACCCGAAGCCGUUGCAUAUCACAAGGCAGGCGUCCGUUUUGAGAAUCCCGAGAAUCUCAUAGAAAACUCGAGCCAUGAUCUGUGUGACAAUCCUACUCCAGCAAGCAGUGUUGCCAUUCCAGGACAGGAUGCGAAGCAGUGCUCAAGCAAUCGAGGAGACCUGGACAAACCGUGCAGGUCCCUGGAUGAACACUGUGGGACUGUAAAAGACCAUGAAUCUGUCAAGGCGUUGCCAAUGGAAGAAAAACCUCUUCCAAAUGGCGGAAAUUGUAAGAAUGAAUACCAAGAUAGAAAUGUAUCCAUAAAAAAGGGCGAAUUUCAGCCAAGCUGCGAAGAACCAAUUAACUCAAUCGAUAAGCUGUGUUUACUCAAGGACUCAUGUACAACGCAAGAAGGUAGCAGCGACACUCAGGAAGGUAUUGACGUCCAUGAAAGGGUCCUCAAAACAAGCCAUGAGCGAUGUGAAAAUCCUUACCAAGACAAGAAUAUUAAAAUCCCACCCACGGCAUACUUCGAGCCAACAUGUAGUGGAGCCAGUCGAUCAUUAGAUCAGCCGUGUGGUGCCGACAAAAGGUGCCCGCAAAGUCAGGGUCACUAUGCUGAACCUCUCUUGCCUGGAAAAGCCGAUUCCAAGGCUAUGGAAAAGGGGACAGCAAGACAGGCCGGCAGCUGCUUAGGCGGUGAUGGCACCGAGGUAGACAUCAGAUGUGUGUCGGAGACCUACUCAUCUUCGAACAGAGCACGUUCAAGCAACUUUAUCGAAGGUUCCUGUAUGCCUUCCCCACCGUCUCGCCUAACCGAGGGUCAGAUCGCUAUUGUUGACCAGAUUACCUGUUCACGGGCGGAGGUUUUCGUCGGGUCGUUCGAAUCGACAUUCUCGUUUCGAAUCCAAGAAGAGCGCGAAAUUCUGGGAAAGGCACCCGACACAACGUUUAACCGACUCUGCGCCGAUGGUGAAACCGAUUGCCAACAGCCUACGAGAUGGACAAUUGUUAAUUAAUUUCGGUUGCGCU